GCCUGUGAAGAAGUUUAAUCGUAGCGGACGUUAAGAUGGUGGAACCAAUUUUUGAUUAUCAGUUCCGUCUGAUACUCAUCGGCGACAGUACAGUCGGGAAAAGUUCGUUGUUGAAGUAUUUCACUGAUGGGAAGUUCGCAGAGCUUUCGGAUCCAACCGUUGGGGUAGAUUUUUUUGCCCGGUUAAUCACAGUUAAAGAUGGGACAAGAAUAAAAUUACAAUUAUGGGAUACAGCUGGCCAAGAAAGAUUUAGGUCAAUUACAAAGUCUUACUAUAGAAACUCUGUUGGAGCACUGCUUGUCUAUGAUGUCUGCAACAGAGCCAGUUUCGAGCAUAUUCCUCAAUGGAUGAUGGAAGCUCGUAGACAUAUUGAACCACACCGCCCUGUAUUUGCAUUAGUAGGGUGUAAAUUAGAUUUGGUUACCAAUGGAGGCAGGCGAGAAGUUUCAAAAGAAGAAGCUAGAGCCUUUGCCGAUCAGCAUGGAGUACAUCACAUUGAAACCAGUGCAAAGACUGGAGUUAAUGUUGAGGAUGCAUUUCGAACAGUCACACAAGAAGUUUAUAAUAGAAUACAAACUGGGGAAUACAAGGUAGAAGAUGGUUGGGAUGGUAUCAAAACUGGAUUUGCUAGACCCGGUGGUUUAGAUUUUAAUUUAGUUGAAGCAGAACCAGCAAAAACCUCUUGCUGUUAAGUCAAUGUUUAAUUUGUUGAAAAGGACGCUUUCUAGAAUGCAGUGGAUUUUAUUUACGUACAUCAAUUAAAUUCCUCCAAUGAAAAUACACUGAGAUUUUUAUAAUAUUAGUUUCAAUUGAUAAACAAACUAAGAAUUAUUUUAAUCUAAUAAAAUUGCAUUCCAUUGCAUUCUUGUUUUAGGGAAAAGACUAACGAUGAAUAUAUACUAUGUAUAAGUCUCGACUAGACAGUUUUGUACAUAGCUUGUAUAAAAAAAUCAAUAUAUAUCAUUGAAACAUAUAGGCAAUGAUCUAGGAGUGUUUUCUAUCUCAUUUAAAGGACAAAAUACAUAAGCGCAAAAAAAGUUUGUUUAUAGUAUAAAUUUAGCUAAAGUGUUUUUACGUAUUUUGUCAUACAAAAACUGUUCUGUUACACGGAGAAAAUAACGGCUGUGCUUCUUUGUCAAAAGCAUUAAUUGUGUAACAAAAAUACGGAAAAAUAUCAGAAAAUUUCCUGAAAAAAGAUAUAUAAAUCUUCAUUUAUAACAUAAGAUAUUUAUUUACACUAGAUCAAAUUUAAAACGAAAUUUUCAAUAUAAAAAUGAAAUUGCAAAUUAUAUAUUGUACAUAUAUAAAUUAUUAAUGAAACGCUUAUACUACA